AUGGAGGGAGCUCUUCACACCUCCUUCCACCAGCUCAUCCAGGAGCAGAGCAGCUUGAUGGAGGCGAGUCCGGAGUUGGAGAUGCAGGAGAGGGGCAGAGGCGGGCCCAUCAUCUCCCGGUACUACAACCGCACAGCCCGGCUGCGGCGCCAGAGCAGCCGCCCACCCCUGCAGCAGCUCUGCCGCACAGCGCGGCCCAGCCUGCGGCAGUACGACCUGGAGACUGACCCCGACAGGGCCACGCUGGAAGGUGAGGACAAGCGGAGGCUGCUGGUGAAGGAGCUGCUGAGCCUCUCCCCCAGCCAGCCCAGCCACAUGCUGCUUACCGUGCCCCUCAGCCUGGCAGAGAAACGCACCCUCCGGCAGGAGCUGAGCGAGCAGAGGGAAUCCCUGGGGCGGCACACCCAGCACCAGGCCUCCUCCUCUCUCUGUGGAGGGUUCAAGGACUACAUCGUCCUCAGCUGCUGGCACCUCUGGUACAGGUUUCUCUCUCUGCUCCUGGCCGUGCAGCCCUGGCACUACUCCCUGAAGCAGAUCGGCAGCCGCUUCGGCUCCAGUGUCCUCUCCUACUUCCUCUUCCUCAAGACACUCCUAAUGUUUAACAUCUUCUCAUUCCUCAUCCUGCUGGUCUUUGUGGUGGCCCUGCAGGCUGCCUAUCCUCCUGCCUUGACCAGCCCCCAGACCUUCACUGGCCUCGAGCUCCUCACCGGAGCGGGCUACUUCACUCACUCACUGCUCUACUAUGGGUACUACAGCAAUGUUACCCUCAAUGACCCCCAUGCCCCCAGCCCCAACUGCAGCACAUGCCCCCACGCAGCCCCCCUGCUCCCCUACAACAUGCCCCUGGCCUACAUCUUCAGCAUCGGUGUCUCCUUCCUGGUCAACUCUGUCCUGCUGGUUUACAGCAUGUACCGCUCCUUUGGGGAGAGCUACCGGGUGGGCUCCACCGGGGACCUGGCUGUCAAAGUCUUCUGUGCCUGGGACUUCAAGGUGAUGCAGAGGCGCUCAGUGAAGCUGCAGUGUGAGAACAUCUGCACCCAGCUGAAGGAGCUGCUGGCGGAGCAGCGGUCCCGGUCCCGCCGCCGGAGCCUCUGCCAGCGCCUGGGGCACUGCGCAGUGCUGCUGCUGGCCUGGGCCCUCUCGCUGAGCACGGUGCUGGGCUGCGUGCUGGCUGUGCACUACUUCUCAGAGCACAUGCACCUGGUUCAGGACCAGCAGGUGCGGGGCAGCAGCCAGCAGCAGCAGGAAGCCAUCCUGCUAGUCCUGCCCCUCGUCGUGUCACUCCUCAAUGUGCUGAUGCCCCACUUGUACAACUUGCUGGCCAUGUGGGAGAAGCAAGAUUCGCCCGCCGUGCAGGUCUACGUGGCAAUCUGCAGGAACCUCAUUCUGAAGAUGGCAGUCCUUGCUCUGCUCUGCCACCAGUGGCUCAGCCGGACAGUUGUCUGCUCGACAGCGGAGUGCUGGGAGACAUGUGUGGGGCAGGACUUGUAUCGCUUUGUGGUGAUGGACUUCAUAUUCACCCUGCUGGACACGCUCUUUGGGGAGCUCGUCUGGAGGCUGAUCCUGGAGAAGAGGCUGAAGAAGAAGCAGAGGCCCGAGUUCGACAUCGCCCGGAAUGUGCUGGAACUGAUCUACGGGCAGACCCUGACCUGGCUGGGCGUUCUCUUCGCACCGCUCCUGCCGGCCGUGCAGACACUGAAGCUGUUGCUGCUGUUCUAUGUAAAAAAGACCAGCCUGAUGCAGAACUGCCAGUCCCCCAGCAAGCCCUGGCAAGCGUCUCACAUGCGCACUGUCUUCAUCACCCUGCUGUGCUUCCCGUUCUUCCUGGGAGCCGCCAUCUUCCUCUCCUACACCAUCUGGUCGGUGCGGCCAUCGGAGACCUGUGGUCCCUUCCAGGGGCUGGAAACCAUCUACAAGUCAGGGAACACCUGGGUGCAAGUGCUGGAGAAGUCCAGCCCAAACUUCUCCUGGUUCAUCUGGGUCCACCAGCACCUGGUGGAGAACCCCUUUCUCCUGUUUUGUUUGUCUGGGGUCCUGCUAGCCGUGGUCUACUUCAACAUCCAGGUGGUGAGAGGCCAGCAGAGGGUCAUCCGCCUGCUGGAGGAGCAGAUUGCCAACGAGGGGGAAGAUAAAGUAUUUCUCAUUCAGAAGCUUCACUUCGCUUACGAGCAGAGAGAGAGACGCACCUGA